GAUCCAGAAGGUCUGAGUCCAGAUUACCCAGAAUACUUAGAGAGUCAGAGGGAGGAUGAGGAGGUUUUGGGAGGGUGAGGAUGAAGAGCAGAGGAGGAGCAGCAGAGAGGCAUUUCUGAAGAUCACACUGCACUUCCUGAGGAGAAUGAAGCAGGAGGAGCUGGCUGACCGUCUGCAGAGCAGAAGUCAUUGUGGAGUUUGUAAACGUAAACUCAAAUCUAACCAGCAGAAGACGUUCCAGUGUGUUUUUGAGGGGAUUGCUAAAGCAGGAAAACCAAACCCUUCUGAAUCAGAUGUUCACAGAGAUCUACCUCAUGGAGGGAGGGGCUGCAGAGGUCAUGAUGAACAUGAGGUCAGACAGAUUGAAACAGCAUCCAGGAAACCAGACAGACCAGAAACAACAAUCAGACAAGAAGAAAUCUUUAAAGCCCCACCUGGAAGAGAUGAACCAAUCAGAACCGUGAUGACAACGGGAGUGGCCGGCAUCGGGAAAACAGUCUUAACACAGAAGUUCCCUUUGGACUGGGCUGAAGACAAAGCCAACCAGGACAUCCAGUUCAUAUUCCCAUUCACCUUCAGAGAGCUGAAUGUGCUGAAAGAGAGAAAGUUCAGCUUGGUGGAACUUGUUGAUUACUUCUUUAGUGAAACAAAGAAGCAGGAAUCUGCCGGUUUGAAGAGGUCGUGUUCAUCUUUGACGGUCUGGAUGAGUGUCGACUUCCUCUGGACUCCUCAACACUGAGAUCCUGACUGAUGUUACAGAGCCCACCUCAGGUGUGCU